CAAACUAAACCGCACCUGUCUCGACAUGGUCUAGUGGGCAGUGGCCACUAGGCCCACCACCUCCAUUCCACCAAAAUUUCAAACCCCACAGCCCACUCAUUUACAAAGUCCAAUCAAUGAGUAAAGAGAAUCAGAAUAAUAAAAUCCCCGUCUUAAGCUUCCGCUAAUCACAAAGACAAUUAUCAUUUCCUGGAAACGCUGCCUCACAUUUUGUCUUUCUUUUUGUUUCUUAUCAAUUCUUUUUUUAAAGAAUCAUUUUCUGUUCCAUCUAUACUCAAUAGUAGAUUAAUCAGAUCGGAAAAACUGGGUGGCGGGGGAGGGGAAGGUGAAUAUGGCAACGGCGUCGUUUAACAAGAUCGAAAGGGCCCAUCAGAUGUAUAGAGAAGGGAGUUACGAGGAAGCGCUGGCUUACUACACGGAGGCGCUGGCGGUUGCCAAAACGAAGCCUCAAAAAAUCGCUCUGCACAGUAACAGAGCUGCUUGUUACUUGAAAUUACAUCAUUUCAAAAAGGCAGCACAAGAAUGUACCUCAGUUCUUGAGCUUGACCAUAAGCACACUGGAGCUUUGAUGUUGCGAGCACAAACACUAGUCACACUAAAGGAGUACAAUUCAGCCCUCUUUGAUGUCAACCAGCUCAUAGAGUUGAAUCCCUCUUCAGAAGUUUAUCAUAAUCUUCAGGCUCGCUUGAGGACACAAGUGGCACUUGCUCCAAUACCUGAAUCUGAAGCAGAGUUGGAAGAAGAGGAAGAACAUGGGCAACCCUGUACAAUGGAGAAAGAAGUAGAACAAGAUAACAAAAAAAAAGACAUAGUAGUGCCAGCUGUUCGGAAAGAUCUAAAUGCUGAGCUUAAUGAGAAUCCGGAAAAAGCAGGAAUGAUUGCCUCUGAGAAACCUGAUGUCAAAGAAUCUCCUGAGCACAAAACAGAUUCUAAGAAUGUGCCUGAAAUAAAUCCUGGAGUUGCUGCUCCUCAAGAACUGAAUAACAAGGACUCUAAAGGAUGUCUAGGGAUCCCUAAACCCAAAGGACAUUCAGGUCUGAAGAAUGUGCCUCAAAGAAUUGGAGUUGCUGCUCCUUUAGAACAGGGCAUCAAAGAUUCCAAGGGAUGGCAGGCGAUCCCUAAGCCAAAGGGACACUCAGCUCUGGACUAUGCACGGUGGGACAGAGUUGAAGAUGACUCUAGUGAAGAUGAUGAUGACGACGAUGGAGAGUCUCAGCCUCAGUAUCGAUUCCGGCUAAGAACUGUUGGCAUGCGACCAGUGAAGUGAAAUGGGAUGAAGUAAAAAUUAUAAUGAUGUGAAUAGCGUUUCUGAUUCCUAGAAUCUUCACAAAUAGUCUCCUAUGUUGAGGAAAGUGUAGUUUGAGAAGCUGUGUUUGAUCUAUCAUGUUUAAACAUCCAAAGCCAGGAGCAUCGUAUUUUACAGUUGCCUUCCUGGUUUGAAUUCCUAUCAAACUGCCAUUCAAAAAUUUCAGGCUGCCUUCAAUAUUUUGGACACAGCUGCACACAUUAACAGAUGAUCCUCAUCGAUUUCAGAGUCAGGUAAUCAUUAUUUCUGGGCAUGUAAUUUGUCUGCCUCUUGAAGUAAACAUCAAAGUCUGACUCUCUUCUGAUUGCUUAAACUGCAUCAAGGGAGAUGAGAACUUUGAAUCUGUGAGCUUGUUUGCAUUGGAGGAACAAUUUUAUACACCAAUAAUCUCUAGUUUUCUGGAAAUUAAUACAUAAUUUUUAUUCUGUUUAUUUUGUUUAUUUAUUACUAUAUAUUGAAUUCUUGGUUAUAUUUUAUAUAUUAUCUUCUUCAGGUCAAGUCAAUAAUGACUGAACAGGGUGUAAUCGUUGUUGUUGAUUUGAAUAAAAUUUUUUGAU